AAAAAUUAUUAUUGAAAAACAUUGGCGUGGUUUAAUUAACCGUCAGGUAGUAGAUUAUUUCAAUGAUCAAUUUUCCAAACAAUCCUCUCCAGAGGAUCUUUUACCAAUUAUUCCAACACCAAAAUACCAAUUGGUGCAUGUAUAUCGUUCUGGAUUAACUUUUUUGAGUCCCGUAUCUAAUGAAGUCGACGCGUUAUUAGUACUUGAAUUUAUUCAUCGAAUUGUUGAUAUACUUGCGGAAUAUUUUGGUGAAUUAGCCGAGUUAUCUAUUAGAGAUAAUUUUGAUGUCGUGUAUCAGGUUCGCUAUCCUUUGACAACAGAACCAAAUGCCUUAAAAGAAAUGAUUGUACCACCAAAUAUUAUUAAUAAAGUUAUAAGUCAAGUAGCAGUCCAGCAUGUACCUAAUGGUAGCACUAUAUCGAGCAUCCCAUGGCGUAAAGCUGGUGUUAAGUAUACCAAUAAUGAAAUAUAUUUCGAUGUUGUAGAAGAGAUAGAUGCGAUCGUUGAUAGUAAUGGUGCUAUAGUAUCAUCAGAAAUCCAUGGACUGAUACAAGCUAACUGUCGUUUAUCCGGGAUGCCUGACCUCACUUUAAAUUUUGUCAACCCACGUGUACUCGACGAUUAUAGUUUUCAUCCUUGUGUGAGAUAUAACAAAUUUGAAAAUGAACGCGUUCUUUCAUUUGUACCGCCUGAUGGCCAUUUCAAAUUGAUGACCUACAGGGUGAAUUUACCACAUCAUCAAUCUUUACCAUUAUAUGUUAAACCGCAAAUUUACAUAGGCAAUGGUGGUGGAAAAUUUGAUAUAUCCAUAAACAUAAGGAACACGGAUGGAAAGUCAAUUGAAAAUGUGUUACUUGUAUUUCCGCUUGCCAAGUCUGUAUCUAACGUUAACGCUACAUGUAAUCUUGGUUCUUACAUAUUUGAUCCUGUUACAAAGAGUAUACGAUGGAAUAUAGGAAAAAUCGAGCUAAAAGAUAGAGCACCAAUAUUGUCUGGUAACUUUAGCAGCACUGAACAAACACCAGAAUCAGGCCAUACAAUUACUAUUGAUUUUUUAAUCAACAUGUAUGCCAUUUCUGGGCUCAAGGUGGAUAGUUUGAAAAUUUAUAAUGAGGCAUAUAAGCCUUAUAAGGGUGUACGAAGUAUGACAAAAGCAGGAAAAUUUCAGAUUCGUACAUGA